AUAAAGUAGUGAAGUAGUUCAAAUAUCUUGUUUAUUAUUUGUAGUAUAAUUUUUAUAACUUGGACAACAUGCCAACGAUAUCCGUUAAACGUGAUUCGCUAUUCGCGGCACUUGGAAAGACUUACACUGAUGAUGAAUUCCAAGACCUAUGUUUUGAGUUUGGAUUAGAACUUGACGAAGUCACAACUGAGAAACAGAUGUUAAUGAAAGAGCAAGGCGACCAGGCAGGGGCCGGAGUGUCAGAAGAAAUCCUUUACCGCAUAGACAUCCCUGCCAACAGAUAUGACCUUCUGUGUCUCGAGGGACUGGUCAAUGGUUUGCUGGUGUUCCAAAAAAAAAAAGAAUCACCUCAAUACCACUUGACGAAAUACGAGGACUCUCACUCGCUGCACCUGACGCCGAGCACCGCGCAGAUCCGGCCUUACGCCGUGGCCGCCGUGCUCAAGGGCAUCCACUUCACCAAGGAGUCCUACGACAGCUUCAUUGACUUGCAGGACAAAUUGCACCAGAACAUCUGCCGCAAGCGAACUCUGGUGGCCAUCGGUACCCACGACCUGGACACCGUACAGGGGCCGUUCGUGUACGACGCACUGCCACCAGCUGACAUCAAGUUCAAGGCCCUCAACCAACAGAAGGAGAUGACAGCGACUGAGCUGAUGGACUUGUAUUCCAGCCACGCGCAGCUGAAGCAGUAUCUACCCAUCAUUCGCGAUAGCCCCGUCUACCCGGUCAUCAAGGACAAGAACGGCGUGGUGCUAUCCAUGCCGCCCAUCAUCAACGGCGACCACUCCAAGAUCACCCUCAACACCAAGAAUGUCUUCAUCGAGUGCACCGCCACGGACUUGACUAAGGCUAAAGUGGUACUGGACACCAUAGUGUGCAUGUUCGCUCCGUACUGCAAGUUCCAAGUGCAGCAGUGCAAGGUUUAUGCACCCGAUGGCACCUACGAGCUCUACCCGAAGAUGGAGACGAGAGAAGAGACCAUUAGUGUGGAUAAGGCUAAUAAUUAUAUUGGUAUCAGUGAGAGCGGCGACAAGCUAGCGGCACUUCUGUCGUGCAUGUGUCUGAAAGCGAAGCACGAGCCAGAGCGAGGGCUUCUGCACGUCAGCGUGCCUCCUUCUCGCCACGAUGUUAUCCACGCUUGUGACUUAUAUGAGGACAUCGCCAUCGCUUACGGGUACAACAACAUCCCGCGUCGGGCGCUGGGCGUGUGCACGGCGGGCGGGCAGGCCGCGCUGAGCAAGCUGGCGGAGCAGCUGCGGCACGAGUGCGCGCACGCAGGCUACACCGAGGCGCUCACCUUCAGCCUGUGUUCCCGAGAAGACAUCUCAACGAAACUCGGCAUCCCCAUCGAGCAGACCCCGGCCGUCCACAUCUCCAACCCCAAGACCCUGGAGUUCCAGGUGGUCCGCACCCAGCUCCUGCCUGGUCUGCUGAAAACCCUCGCCGCCAACAAGAAGAUGCCGCUCCCGCUCAAACUGUUCGAGAUCAGUGACGUUGUCCUACAGGAUACCAGCGCUGAGACGGGUGCCCGCAACGAGAGAAGGCUGUGCGCGGUGCACUGUGGCAAAAGCGCGGGGUUCCAGUUCGUGCACGGGCUGCUGGACCGCGUGAUGCUGCUGCUGCGCGUGCCGCACGGCGACGGUUACAGGCUGCGGCCCAAGGAAGAGCCCGCAUACUUCCCCGGGCGCUGCGCCGAAGUGGUACUCGGGUCCACCGUGCUCGGCCGCGUGGGCGUGCUGCACCCCGCCGUGCUGGCCGCCUUCGACCUGUCCAACCCCUGCUCCGCGCUCGAGAUCAACCUCGAGCCUUUCCUCUAA